AUGGUCUCUAGAUUGCGGAAGACAACCAAUGUUUUCAUACUUUGUACCCUCUGUACACAUCUCCAAAAAAUUCCAUUUGGUCUUUUGCUUUACAUUGGAUCAUAUCUCUUUUAUCUAAAACUGACCAUGUCAGCGGUCGUCCACGUUCUGAUACCCAUCGCGCUUUGCGUAACGCUAGCAAACACUGACAUCUUCGACAAAGUUUUGGUGGAUGUCAGUUAUGAUCACUACGCGGAGAAAAAAGUUGACAACCUUCCUGCCUUCUUGGCCAUGCCGUUCAACUGUCUUAUAAACGUAGGAUACAUAUUAUUGGGUAUCUACUGGCUCUUUCAACGGCUACCAGACACAGCCACCUACACCAAAGACGUUUUCGCGCUCAUGGCAGUCGUGUACGGACCUGUGCAGUGGGUCCGUUUGGCCACCUUGCUGCGCGCGCCGUCUGUUUUGGACCAGUGGUUCACUUUACCUAUUUUUGCGUGGGUGCUGGUGUGGUGUAACGUCAUUGUCAGCGGCUGGUCGUCUCGAUACGCCUUAAUGGUUGAAAGCUGUUCUUUCCUCAGCUAUGGACUGGCGCUCUGUCAUGACCGCGGAUUUGAAGUUGCGCUGGGUUCUCACAUUGCCUUCGCCGUCUACAAAGGCGUCCGCGCGCAGAUGAGCCACGGAGAUAAGAUGUCUAUGCGCUACCUUUUGUUGGCCGUGCUGUCCUGUUGUGGUUUUGUGGCUUUGAAGCUCCUGGAUCAUACUCUUGCAGAAUACUGGAUGUUUCAAAAUCUCACAGGUCAUUUCUGGUCCAAAGUUUGUGAUAUUCUGCAGUUCCAUUACAGUUUUUGUUUUCUCAAGCGACUCAGUGAAAGGGCACAUAAACGCUCGUUAUAGAUGCUCAUAAACUGCAUUUUAAUGACUUUUGACAACUGAAUAACGAAAGAAUGCAUAUGGCUAUACAUUUACAAAAUAUAAGAAAAUGCAUUACUUGGCUCUUUUUUUUUUUUUUGUCAACAAUAAAAUAUAUGAAAAAAAAAAAAA